GGGGUUUGCGCGGCUGAGCAGAGCCGGCCUGGUUGCGUGGAGGGUUGUUUUAUUCCCACCGCCCCCCGCACCUUUUUUUUUUUUUUUUUUUUUUUCCUGGAGUCUUAUUAAUUUCUCUGUGGGCUGCAGCUGGAGACCGCGGAGCGCUGGAAAUGACGCUCGGAGCUUUAAUUACCGCAGCCGCCGGACAAGUGUGAGGAAAGCUGACAGGAAAAAGAAGAACGGGAUCCGGGGAGAAGCGAGAAGCUCCCCCCGCCCCGCUCCCCUCCCGAUUUGGACUGGAGGUGCAAGGAAACUGAAGAAGGAGCAGAACAUAGCCCGGCUGCAGGGAGAGGCCGGAAACCUACCGCCUCUUUGCAAUCAACUUUUUUUGGAAACCUUUCGCCCCCCUUCCUUUUUUAUUGUUGACCAACCAGUGAGAGAGAGAGAAAGUGAGGAGGGAGCGAGCAAGCGAAGGCUCACGCGGGGAAAUAGCUGCACAGUCCGGCCCAGAGCGCCAAGCGCACACACCGAGCACACUCCCACACGCGCACACACGCGCUCACACUCGCACGCACACUCGCCCCCUCCUCGGGCCCUGGCCCUGGACCCGCGGGCGCGGACGCGGUUGCCCGCUCUGGGAGUCGCUACACCGCGCGCGCCGCGCCCGCCCCCCUCGCACCCCCACGCGCGCCCGGCUGGGGGAUCUCCUCCGCGUGCCCGAAAGGGGGAUAUGCCAUUUGGACAUGUAAUUUUCAGCACGGCGUCUGAGACUUCCAAAAAAUGAAGCCAGCAACAGGACUUUGGGUCUGGGUGAGCCUUCUCGUGGCGGCGGGGACCGUCCAGCCCAGCGAUUCUCAGUCAGUGUGUGCAGGAACGGAGAAUAAACUGAGCUCUCUCUCUGACCUGGAACAGCAGUACCGAGCCUUGCGCAAGUACUAUGAAAACUGUGAGGUUGUCAUGGGCAACCUGGAGAUAACCAGCAUUGAGCACAACCGGGACCUCUCCUUCCUGCGGUCUGUUCGAGAAGUCACAGGCUACGUGUUAGUGGCUCUUAAUCAGUUUCGUUACCUGCCUCUGGAGAAUUUACGCAUUAUUCGUGGGACAAAACUUUAUGAGGAUCGAUAUGCCCUGGCAAUAUUUUUAAACUACAGAAAAGACGGAAACUUUGGACUUCAAGAACUUGGAUUAAAGAACUUGACAGAAAUCCUAAAUGGUGGAGUCUAUGUAGACCAGAACAAAUUCCUUUGUUAUGCAGACACCAUUCAUUGGCAAGAUAUUGUUCGGAACCCGUGGCCUUCCAACUUGACUCUUGUGUCAACAAAUGGUAGUUCAGGAUGUGGACGUUGCCAUAAGUCCUGUACUGGCCGUUGCUGGGGACCCACAGAAAAUCAUUGCCAGACUUUGACAAGGACGGUGUGUGCAGAACAAUGUGACGGCAGAUGCUACGGACCUUACGUCAGUGACUGCUGCCAUCGAGAAUGUGCUGGAGGCUGCUCAGGACCUAAGGACACAGACUGCUUUGCCUGCAUGAAUUUCAAUGACAGUGGAGCAUGUGUUACUCAGUGUCCCCAAACCUUUGUCUACAAUCCAACCACUUUUCAACUGGAGCACAAUUUCAAUGCAAAGUACACAUAUGGAGCAUUCUGUGUCAAGAAAUGUCCACAUAACUUUGUGGUAGAUUCCAGUUCUUGUGUGCGUGCUUGCCCUAGUUCCAAGAUGGAAGUAGAAGAAAAUGGGAUUAAAAUGUGUAAACCUUGCACGGACAUUUGCCCAAAAGCUUGUGAUGGCAUUGGCACAGGAUCACUGAUGUCAGCUCAGACCGUGGAUUCCAGUAACAUUGACAAAUUCAUAAACUGUACCAAGAUCAAUGGGAAUUUGAUCUUUCUAGUCACUGGUAUUCAUGGGGACCCUUACAAUGCAAUUGAAGCCAUAGAUCCAGAGAAACUGAAUGUCUUUCGGACAGUCAGAGAGAUAACAGGUUUCCUGAACAUACAGUCAUGGCCACCAAACAUGACUGACUUCAGUGUUUUUUCUAACCUGGUGACCAUUGGUGGAAGAGUACUCUAUAGUGGCCUCUCCUUGCUUAUCCUCAAGCAACAGGGCAUCACCUCUCUACAGUUCCAGUCCCUGAAGGAAAUCAGCGCAGGAAACAUCUAUAUUACUGACAACAGCAACCUGUGUUAUUAUCAUACCAUUAACUGGACAACACUCUUCAGCACAAUCAACCAAAGAAUAGUAAUCCGGGACAAUAGAAAAGCUGAAAACUGUACUGCGGAAGGAAUGGUGUGCAACCAUCUGUGUUCCAGUGAUGGCUGUUGGGGACCUGGGCCAGACCAAUGUCUGUCGUGUCGCCGCUUCAGUAGAGGAAGGAUCUGCAUAGAGUCUUGUAACCUCUAUGAUGGUGAAUUUCGUGAGUUUGAGAAUGGCUCCAUCUGUGUGGAGUGUGACCCCCAGUGUGAGAAGAUGGAAGAUGGCCUCCUCACAUGCCAUGGACCGGGUCCUGACAACUGUACAAAGUGCUCUCAUUUUAAAGAUGGCCCAAACUGUGUGGAAAAAUGUCCAGAUGGCUUACAGGGGGCAAACAGUUUCAUUUUCAAGUAUGCUGAUCCAGAUCGAGAGUGCCACCCAUGCCAUCCAAACUGCACCCAAGGGUGUAACGGUCCCACUAGUCAUGACUGCAUUUACUACCCAUGGACGGGCCAUUCCACUUUACCACAACAUGCUAGAACUCCCCUGAUUGCAGCUGGAGUAAUUGGUGGGCUCUUCAUUCUGGUCAUUGUGGGUCUGACAUUUGCUGUUUAUGUUAGAAGGAAGAGCAUCAAAAAGAAAAGAGCGUUGAGAAGAUUCUUGGAAACAGAGUUGGUGGAACCUUUAACUCCCAGUGGCACAGCACCCAAUCAAGCUCAACUUCGUAUUUUGAAAGAAACUGAGCUGAAGAGGGUAAAAGUCCUUGGCUCAGGUGCUUUUGGAACGGUUUAUAAAGGUAUUUGGGUACCUGAAGGAGAAACUGUGAAGAUUCCUGUGGCUAUUAAGAUUCUUAAUGAGACAACUGGUCCCAAGGCAAAUGUGGAGUUCAUGGAUGAAGCUCUGAUCAUGGCAAGUAUGGAUCAUCCACACCUAGUCCGGUUGCUGGGUGUGUGUCUGAGCCCAACCAUCCAGCUGGUUACUCAACUUAUGCCCCAUGGCUGCCUGUUGGAGUAUGUCCACGAGCACAAGGAUAACAUUGGAUCACAACUGCUGCUUAACUGGUGUGUCCAGAUAGCUAAGGGAAUGAUGUACCUGGAAGAAAGACGACUGGUUCAUCGGGAUUUGGCAGCCCGUAAUGUCUUAGUGAAAUCUCCAAACCAUGUGAAAAUCACAGAUUUUGGGCUAGCCAGACUCUUGGAAGGAGAUGAAAAAGAGUACAAUGCUGAUGGAGGAAAGAUGCCAAUUAAAUGGAUGGCUCUGGAGUGUAUACAUUACAGGAAAUUCACCCAUCAGAGUGACGUUUGGAGCUAUGGAGUUACUAUAUGGGAACUGAUGACCUUUGGAGGAAAACCCUAUGAUGGAAUUCCAACGCGAGAAAUCCCUGAUUUAUUAGAGAAAGGAGAACGUUUGCCUCAGCCUCCCAUCUGCACUAUUGACGUUUACAUGGUCAUGGUCAAAUGUUGGAUGAUUGAUGCUGACAGUAGACCUAAAUUUAAGGAACUGGCUGCUGAGUUUUCAAGGAUGGCUCGAGACCCUCAAAGAUACCUAGUUAUUCAGGGUGAUGAUCGUAUGAAGCUUCCCAGUCCAAAUGACAGCAAGUUCUUUCAGAAUCUCUUGGAUGAAGAGGAUUUGGAAGAUAUGAUGGAUGCUGAGGAGUACUUGGUCCCUCAGGCUUUCAACAUCCCACCUCCCAUCUAUACUUCCAGAGCAAGAAUUGACUCAAAUAGGAGUGAAAUUGGACACAGCCCUCCUCCUGCCUACACCCCCAUGUCAGGAAACCAGUUUGUAUACCGAGAUGGAGGUUUUGCUGCAGAACAAGGAGUGUCUGUGCCCUACAGAGCCCCAACUAGCACAAUUCCAGAAGCUCCUGUGGCACAGGGUGCUACUGCUGAGAUUUUUGAUGACUCCUGCUGUAAUGGCACCCUACGCAAGCCAGUGGCACCCCAUGUCCAAGAGGACAGUAGCACCCAGAGGUACAGCGCUGACCCCACCGUGUUUGCCCCAGAACGGAGCCCACGAGGAGAGCUGGAUGAGGAAGGUUACAUGACUCCUAUGCGAGACAAACCCAAACAAGAAUACCUGAAUCCAGUGGAGGAGAACCCUUUUGUUUCUCGGAGAAAAAAUGGAGACCUUCAAGCGUUGGAUAAUCCCGAAUAUCACAACGCAUCCAAUGGUCCACCCAAGGCCGAGGAUGAGUAUGUGAAUGAGCCACUGUACCUCAACACCUUUGCCAACGCCUUGGGAAAAGCUGAGUACCUGAAGAACAACGUACUGUCAGUGCCAGAGAAGGCCAAGAAAGCGUUUGACAACCCUGACUACUGGAACCACAGCCUGCCACCUCGGAGCACCCUUCAGCACCCAGACUACCUGCAAGAGUACAGCACAAAAUAUUUUUAUAAACAGAAUGGGCGGAUCCGGCCUAUUGUGGCAGAGAAUCCUGAAUACCUCUCUGAGUUCUCCCUGAAGCCAGGCACUGUGCUGCCACCUCCACCUUACAGACACCGGAAUACUGUGGUGUAAGCUUAGUUGUGGUUUUUAGGUGGAGAGACACACCCGCUCCAAUUUCCCCACCCCCCUCUCUUUCUCUGGUGGUCUUCCUUCUACCCCAAGGCCAGUAGUUUUGACACUUCCCAGUGGAAGAUAUAGAGAUGCAAUGAUAGUUACGUGCUUAUCUAACUUGAACAUUAGAGGGAAAGACUGAAAGAGAAAGAUAGGAGGAACCACAAUGUUUCUUCAUUUCUCUGCAUGGGUUGGUCAGGAGAAUGAAACAGCUAGAGAAGGACCAGAAAAUGUAAGGCAAUGCUGCCUACUAUCAAACUAGCUGUCACUUUUUUUCUUUUUCUUUUUCUUUCUUUGUUUCUUUCUUCCUCUUCUUUUUUUUAAAAAGCAGAUGGUUGAAACACCCAUGCUAUCUGUUCCUAUCUGCAGGAACUGAUGUGUGCAUAUUUAGCAUCCCUGGAAAUCAUAAUAAAGUUUCCAUUAGAAAAAAAGAAUAACAUUUUCUAUAACGUAUGAUAGUGUCUGAAAUUGAGAAUCCAGUUUCUUUCCCCAACAGUUUCUGUCCUAGCAAGUAAGAAUGGCCAACUCAACUUUCAUAAUUUAAAAAUCUCCAUCAAAGUUAUAACUAGUAAUUAUGUUUUCAAGACUUUUUGGUUUUUUUUCAUUUUGUUUUGCUCUGACCAAUUCCUUUAUAUUUGCUCCCCUAUUUUGGCUUUAAUUUCUAAUUGCAAAGAUGUUUACAUCAAAGCUUCUUCACAGAACUUAAGCAAGAAAUAUUUUAAUAUAGUGAAAUGGCCACUACUUUAAGUAUACAAUCUUUAAAAUACGAAAGGGAGGCUAAUAUUUUUCAUGCUAUCAAAUUAUCUUCACCCUCAUCCUUUACAUUUUUCAACAGUUUUUUUUUUCUCCAUAAAUGACACUACUUGAUAGGCCGUUGGUUGUCUGAAGAGUAGAAGGGAAACUAAGAGUCAGUUCUGUGUGGUUCAAGAAAACUACUGAUACUUUCAGGGGUGGCCCAAUGAGGGAAUCUAUUGAACUGGAAGAAACACACUGGAUUGGGUAUGUCUACCUGGCAGAUACUCAGAAAUGUAGUUUGCACUUAAGCUGUAAUUUUAUUUGUUCUUUUUCUGAACUCCAUUUUGGAUUUUGAAUCAAGCAAUAUGGAAGCAACCAGCAAAUUAACUAAUUUAAGUACAUUUUUUAAAAAAGAGCUAAGAUAAAGACGUGGAAAUGCCAAACCAAGCAAAUUAGGAACCUUGCAACCGUAUCCAGGGACUAUGAUGAGAGGCCAGCACAUUAUCUUCAUAUAUCACCUUUGCUACGCAAGGAAAUUUGUUCAGUUCGUAUACUUCAUAAGAAGGAAUGCGAGUAAGGAUUGGCUUGAAUUCCAUGGAAUUUCUAGUAUGAGACUCUAUUUAUAUGAAGUAGAAGGUAACUCUUUGCACAUAAAUUGGUAUAAUAAAAAGAAAAACACAAACAUUCAAAGCUUAUGGAUAGGUCCUUGGGUCAAAAGUUGUAAAUAAAUGUGAAAAAUCUUCUCAUGCAAUUAUUUUAUUAUCCAACACACUAAUCUUUUGAUACUUUAUAUAAUUCCUUUUCUUCAUAUACUGCAUCCAGUACUAGAACGGUCAUUAUUAUGUAUCAUUUUGAAAGAAUACCUGAUGAGAUGAAGGAUAGGAACAAAUGACAGAGAUGAGUCUCCAAGUAAAGGGGACCUCACAUCAAUAAUUAGGAAACUUAGAUAUAAGUCCCCCUUUUCUGAAAAUUCUACCCCAAGUCAUUUAGAUUUUUUAAAAAUAUUUCUUUCUAAUGUUAAAAUAUUGGGACCAAAUUAGAGUCAAUAGUAUAAGAUUAAUUAAUUAGAGUAAAAAUAUCUAUUAAGGCAGAGAAAGUUUAGAGAAAAAAAAUCCAAAGAAAUUUGUGUUUCUUCCUAUUCUCAACAAGUAAAUCCAUCCAUCCAUCCAAACCUCCUUUAUCUGUGUCUACUAAAAGCACCAUGUUUUGUGGGGAACACUCAGAUAAAUGGAAUAUCAUCCCCAACUUCAAAAUUCUAUCAUCUAGGAGAUUUAAUUAGAAUGACAUUUUAAUUUUUCUAUGCGUUCAAAGAAUCAGAUUGCAUAGUCUCUUUUGUGAAUAGCUGUCGUAUAAUCAGUUGUACUGUAAGAUAUCUCCUUUAAACUCAUUAGGGAUAUAAGUUAAACAUCCUUCACAUUGUUGAUGUUGACAAAUAGGAUAAGUUCAAUAAUAUUCAAACAUAAACUGGUCUAGGAGAAUAUUGCAUCACUGACUAAUCAGCCUAUCUAGAUUCUAACUUCACCAUUAAACCAAAAGCAGAUGGUGGUCCUUGGCCAAGAAUAUUGGAGACAUUGGAGUUGGUUUUUUUCUAAGUUGUAAGAAGUGAGGCAAGCUGAAAAAGUAUGGUAAAGCAGGGGAAGGGUUUGUGAGAUUCCUUCUAGUGAAGUUCACCCUCAAACUUUUCAGGGUUAAAGACACAGAGUGAUUCAGGGGCCACAAUCUAAUAGCUCAGAGCUCUCCUAUCCAUUCAGAGAAGUCUCUAGGAAAAGGGAUCUCAUAUCAGUACUUAUGAAAAAUUGAAUAUAAGCCUCCCUUUCUAAAUAAAUCUGCAUCGAGUCAUCACAGCCCUCUUUUUGGAUACUAUACCUUGACUUUUUUUCUGAUUUACAAUAUGCAUAUGGUUUCUAGUGGGCUAUAUAUAGAAAGCAGAAUCACUCAUUUUGGAGAAGGAAAAAAUAAAUAGUUAAAACAAACUUUUAACUGUUAAGGUAACAAAUGUGUUUAGUGAAUGUAGUCUCUUUCCUCCUAAGAACACAAGACUUUUACAUGUUGGGUGAUACCUACAGACGGAUGUAGGCAUAAUCCAAAAUGACCCAAAUGCUUUAUAAUAGCACCACUUUAUAAUUCUUUUGAAUGAUUUCUGUAGUAUAUAAUUGACUUCAGUUGUUUGAGCAUUUUUUGUUUUAUUUUUUGUCCCCCCUGGGAAAACAUAUUUCAGCAUGUAUAAGAGGGAGAAAAAAAGUUUCAUUCGUUCCAGAGAAUAACUUAUUUAGCCCAGUAGGGUAGAAUUUUAAAAUGUCAGUUAAAGUCUUCAAAGUGCUUUGGGGGAUAUUAGAUUCCAGAGGCCAAUUGUAGCAAUUGAAAUUUGCAGAAUCAAUUAUGUAAAUCUGAGACAAAUUAGUAUUAAAAUUACACUGACUAUAUUUUUUAAACCACCCAACUUUGUAGAUUAUACCUAUUUUGGGCAAUCCUAUUUUCAGGUAUGGCAAAAUUUUGCAGUUAAAUGAUUGCCUAAAGAAAGUGGUAAACAGGUGAGGAAAGAUGGCCCCUGAUCUAGGGUAGAUCCAGAACCACAAAGCAUCUGCACCACAAAAGGUGUUAGACUACCAAGCAGCUCUUGGUUUUCUGCAUAGUAUUAGUAGCACAGCUUAGGAUGAGAAUCCUUUCUCCAGUAACAUUCUUAAAAUAGCAUGAAAAACAAUGCAAAACUCAAAUUUCUAUUAAAACACACAAACUAAAAUCAAGUGAUUCUUUUUUGUAGAUUAGGGAGAAGGACUGAAUAUCUAAUUUAAGAGAAGAAAUACUGUUCUAAGUGUUAUAGUGUGUGAGCUAAUACCUUCUAAAGGAAAGACAUGGCAUGAAGAUUGUGCAUAUUUACAAUGCUAAGGAAAAAUCAAGAAAAGGACCGUGAGGCUCUGCUGCUAGAUCAAGUUGGAAGGACUAUUAAUGUGCUUCUUGAAGUGUCAAAAAUGAAAAGAAAAUUAAAAUUGUUUAAGCCUGACAGGGAAGGAUGUAAAUACAAGUUUUUCUAGAGCUAUCUAACCUUUAUUUCAAAACUGGAAUUAUUCAUCCAUCUGUAAUUGUUGAUAAUUUAACUAGUAUAUGUAGUUCAUAAGGUAAUAGAAAAGGUGAUCAUGAAAGCAUGUACAUAACUGGACAGAACCAUGAUAAUGCUAUAAGAUGUAGAUUUAGUUAGGUUAUCAGAUGUUAAAUGAUUUUAAUAUUAUUAAAUAAAUCAAACUAGAAAACUAACCACAAGUAUAAUAUAGCAAAGUUAAAUGCAGGAUAUAAAAAUGUAGGAUGGAUUUUGCAUAGUAAAAAAAUAAGUUUGCCAUUUAAAAUUGUUGUUUGUUGGGUUUAGCUGAAAGUAGGCAUACAUGGUUCCACUUGUGAAAAGUUGCUUUAAAGCAUUACAAUGAACAAUUUUUUCUCAUUCUCUUAUUCCUUUAUCACUUUUUAAAUGUAAAGAAAAUGGUAUUUAUUUAUUUUUUUUUAAAUAAACACCACCUUGCAGAAUUUAACAGGCAAACAUGUUACAGAUGACUAAGUAAGGGUCUUCAAGAUGAAGUAAAGAAAAUGUAAAUGUUCUAUUACCUUAUGCAGAGACAAAAAAAGAGUGGUGUCAUUUAGCAAACAAACAAAAUACAGUUAAUUUGUGAUAUGUCCUUUCUUUUCUCACUAUGCCCUCUUGCCUCCAGAAAUGACAACAAAGGAUCACAAUUUUUCUGAUAAAUAAAUGCUAAACCAAGCGUUUCGAACUACUGCAUCACCAUUCUUUUGGACUUCAGUUAUUAGAAUGAUGAUUGUUGUAGGGCAAAUGAGAAAUCCAGGUGCAUCAGCUUCUAGUUGUUAAAAAACCAGAUAAAUUAACUUCUACUGUAUACUGUGGGCAGAGGAUCCUAGAGCUGAUCCUACAGCAUCAGCUUCUAGUAGUUAAAAAAAAAAAAAAAAACAGAUAAAUUAACUUCUACCGUAUAUACUGUGGGCAGAGGAUCCUGCUGUGCCUCUGUUUGUGUACAUGGACUUUGGUGUAUAUCAGUUUGAAGGACAGCCUUGCCCCAUGUAAACAUAUAAAUGCAGACUGGUAUCCCCUGGUUGCUAUUUGCUUAAGAACAAAUAUUAUACAGAUUAGAUCAGGUAUAAUUUUAAAAGAUCAUUAUCAGUGGAGACCUCAUUAUUACUGAUAUUACAAUGGGGCCAGUUUUUAUACUUCUGGGUAGAAUUAAUACAAUUUUUCUGAUCCCAGAGAGAGAUCUGAGUUCUCUCUGCAGUUGGAAACAAGAAGCUGUUGUGGGCAUUGUGUCGGGCCAGGGGCCCUUGUGUUUGUGUGGGCAAAUAUCUUUUAGCAGUGUGAGCUGCUUUUUUCUUUUCAUUAAAAGUCUCUCUAAAAUAAUAGAAAUUUCAGAUACUCGGUUCAAGUCUCACUGAUUUUUGUAGAGGUCCAAAAAUGUAGGAUCUGUCACUUUUGCAGGCCCCUGCCUCAUCUAAUUCCUGGCCAGGUGAUAUUUUGGGCAGAAGUAAAUGCUUCUAUAGUCACGAGCUAAAAUGACUCUAAACCCUAAUUUCACGGGGGGUGUUCACAUGCUUCCUCUGGAAAAUACUCUUUGACAGUCAGCUUUGCAAGUAAGUGAUUACCUUGUUAGGAAUCACAGAAAAAUUUAUUUCUCUCUGACCUUUAGAGGAAAAUAGAAUCCUUCCCUGUUUUGCCCAUUGACACAACUGGCACUGCUCUCUCCCCUUUCUACCACCCUGGUUCAACGUAGUCCCCCGAUGCUGUCCUGUUCCUUUGUUAAGCCAUAGUGGAUCUCUGAGAUCCCACACCCCACUUUGUCAAAUACUGACUUCAUCUUUGCCCUCGAAUGCCUGAUUUUUUCAUAAGAGAUUCUAGCAAUUUGGACACUGUUUAAAUGAACUAGCAAACUACUGCAUAGAGAAUAUUUAAGCUAUUAAAAUUAUGGUUUCCCAUGAAGAUCAAUUCUCUGUGUCCUUCCCUACAGGAAUUUGAGACGAGUUAGCCCUGUGAUGAAUCUUGAAACUCACAUAUAUCUACAUACCCUUGGUAGAACUUCGAUUUAAUCUUUACAUAAAAGCUGUACAUAUAACCAAGAAGUUAUUUUUGCCAGUAAAUUAACUUAUUUACUUUAUUCAUCUUAUUUUGUUCCUAAUCGUAAAUAUUUUGUAGCUGCUGUAAAUUUUUUUCUCCCAAAUGAGGAGUCUUACUAUUAUAAAGGUAAAGGCUAUUCAGCUUUGAGAACCACCUGCAAUUCUUUUUUGGAUCAUUCAUCCAUCUAACAAAUACAUAAUGAGUACAGUUCAUGUUAAUGAAAAUCCAUGUUGUUUAAUAGAAUGCCAUCCUUUACCUACUUCUGCUCUUCAUGGACAUUUUUCUUUUCACGCUCUAGUGAGCUUUCCCUAUAUCAUGAGAAGUGGUUAUAUUUGUGGAAAUAUACAAAUAUAGGAAAACAAAGAUUCACACCUGUAGGCAAUAGUCCAACUUGUCCAAACCACUUUGCCUUUACUGCUAUUUUUAUCCCUAAUGUGUAGAUAUUUCCCCCAGGCCUAUAGCCUUUGUGAAGGAAAGCAAAUCAUACCUCCUAUAUACUGACAUGAAUCUGGUUUUCAAAUGUCAUUUCCAGAUUUUUUAGUUAAUUGGGGGUUGUCCUUUUCCCUUAAUGUGAGAGUCAUUUUCCUGUAUAUUUCUGGAUCUCUCAGGGGCUGGGUGGGGGGGGGCGGUGAGGGGACUACAACCAUAGCACUCCAAGAACCCUUUUGGGAUUACUCCAGUAAUCAACUACGAAAGUUAUUUUCUAAAUGUAGAUAUGUAAGGUGUUCUUUUAAAGUAAGGUACUUUGAAAUAUGUAGCAUAAACUGGUACUGCUGUUAAAUGGGUCGAUUAUUAAACGGAGCAGCUGUGUGAGGGCAGCUAACUUUGAAUGCAUGUGUCCCUGGCUGGUGUGUCUCCUCAUGUUGAGAGCACCAGGGAUUGCGUGGCUGCAUGUUGAAACCGCAUUUUCCCAUGGUGUAUGACUAGUUCAUCUCUUUCUUGAGCACCAUUACAAGAAGAUCAAAUGAAAAUGAGAUCAAUGUGCAAGACAAUUCAUAGCACAAAAAAGUCAUCUUAAACCUACUCUCAAACAUUCAUCUUAUACAUGCGCAUAAAAGUAAUUUACUGGCAUCAGUUUGGGUGAGAGAGGGAGUCACUUUACUGAAAAGGCAGAGGCUUAAGGUAUAGACAUUUGUACUCAUUUCCUUAUUUUCUUAACUUGUAAGCAGAAAACAAGCCCUCUCUCUUGUGAAGUAUCUUCAAAGGAUUGGGGUGCAAAAAUACCUUGCUGGUAAGCCAUCAAUGUUUUAUUUAAAUCCAUGCAUUCAAAGUUAGCUGCCUUUUUGAAAUAAACAAACAAAAAAUACUACUGUAUGUUUGAAAAUGUGAAUAGUAUUUUUAUAGCUUGUUAAAGACAUGGCUAGUUGCAUUUGUAAAUAAGUAUAAUGUUGCUUUGAUUUUCUUUUGUGGACAUCUUUAUUUGGAACAUAAUUGUCUUUAGGGUUGAUUUGUAUAUAAGUAAUUGGCUUGUGAUUGUUUCUUUUUUGGUUGGAAGUUAUCAUUUUGACAUUACUUGUGAUUCUGUGUUCAGCACUACUGUGAUGUGUUCAACCUCUGCACUCGCUUACACAAUAGGAUAUGCCAAUUGUGUGUGGUGUAAUGUUUUGAUUUUUUUCUAUGUUAUUGAUGAAGGAUUAUGCACCUAACACAUACUAACUUUUUUAAUGUUAGGUAUAUUUUUAGUAUACUUUCUCUUAUUCUUUCUUCUCCAACCUUUUACCCAUCCUCCUUCCUUUCCCUCAUUCCUGUUGUUAUUUGAGAAUGAGGGAGAAACAGUAUUUUACAUUUAUGUAAUUAGGCUUUUCAGUUAGUUCUCAAGGAUCCUCUUUGGCUCUUGGGAAAGAAUUGUACCUGUACAAGGCAAUUAUAGAAUGCGAACUGCUUUGCCUCAUUCCAUACUGAUCAUCCCAGCUGAACAAUUUGAAAACUGUUCUGCCUUUUUGUUACAUGAAUCUGUCAGAAAUAUAUUUUUAAUUUAAUAUAAACGAAAUUCAAUAAAAUAUGAAACAAAUGUU